UAGAAAGUUGAUCAUCACGUCAACAACAAUCGAAAAGCGAAGGAAUGGCUGUUUGGGGGAUUUCGUUGUUGAUUCUGUCUUUGACCUUCUUGAUACACCGACACCCGCCGAAUACAUGGCGCAUAUCAUGGAUGCUCUUGCCGCCGCCGGACUCGAAGAAUGUCAACCAGACAUUACAAGGACUCGAUGAGAAGGAGCCGAGGACGAAGGAUGAUCAAGGAAAGAGCGAGGAGAAGGAUCCGAUAAAGAACGAGACAGAAGUCAAGAUCGCGCAACCGACGGAAGAGGAAAGCGACGACCAAAAGACUCCACAAGCCACUCCUGCCGCUCCCUCAAUCGCCGUUCCCUCGUUCAACCUGGACUCGACAGCAACAUCCUCAGAGCCAGACACCGCUUCCAUGCCUCCGCCUUCCUUCCCAGCAGCAAACUCACCUCAACGCGCCAUGCCUCCGCCACCAAAACCUGCUUCCAAACCUGCAUCGUCAUUGAUGCCACCACCCUCCUUCCCAGCCCCCAACUCCGCACAACGAGCCUCUCAAGCAUCUUCCCUGAUGCCACCACCCUCACGACCAACCCCUCGCUCAAGCCUAGGCGUCCCCGCAGUACCAGGAAGAGCACCACCUCUCAGCGCCGCAGCACAAGCCCGCGCCCCUCCCCCUCGAAUCGACACCCCCAAAUCCUCCUCCAGCAAAGUAAAACUCGCCCCAGGUUUCUCCCCCCUGGAUUGGGCCUCCCUCGCUGCUUCCAAGAAUCUGUCAAAUGUCAGUUCAUUCACCAGAGUCACACCGUCAAUGCUGGCGGCGAAGAAUGGCAGAAAAGGUAAUGAUGCGUGGAGUGUGUAUAACGGAAAAGUGUACAACAUCACCCCUUAUGCGCCUUUUCAUCCCGGUGGUAAAGGAGAAUUACUCAGAGCGGCUGGCAAAGAUGGUACGAAGUUGUUCAUGGAGGUGCAUCCUUGGGUUAAUUGGGAAGGCAUGUUGAAUUCAUGUAUGGUCGGUGUCAUGGUUUCUGAGUCCGAGGGUGAAGGUUUGGAUGAGAUGGAUUGAUUGAUUGAUUUUUCGUUGUCUCGUUCUCUGUUUCUUCGUAAAAUGAUACCCGGGAGAUAUUUAGAGGAAUAGAAUGGUUUGCCAUAUCGCCAACAAAGAAGAAGGGGAAACGCUUCUGACCUGUGCUUCAAAGCGUUCGAGGCAAGAGAGAUUGAAAACAGGCACAGUGUUGUUUCGGCCCAGAGGUUUUGUUCAAGGAGAGCACAAAAUAUAAUGGGGUGACGAUUGGUCAAAUCGAAAG